AUUUCAGGGCACUUUAAGAUGACAACCUUUGGCCUAUUUGAUUUUUAGUUGGUCUGCAAAAAAAGACAAUACAAUAUUAAUUCCUCAGAGAAGCCUACAGACAGUAUGGUGCGUGAGCAGUGAUUCUGUAAUUGUUAUGGAAAAACUGGAACGCUUCAAAUGACGCAGAGGAAUGACAUGACAUGUCUUUGUGGUGAAGGCUGGUGUGACUGCACUGAUCUUCGUAGACAGCGCAUAAACCUGGAUUUUUGAAACCAGUCACUCUCUGGCACGCUGGUGCACAGCAGCAGUACAAUUGUGCACUGUACUUGAGAAUGAUGGAUGAAUCAGAGCCGCUGUUGGCCUCGAGGUCAGAGGAGAGGAGGCUGAACGGACUUUGCAGCAGCGCUCCCCCCCGGACCCUGCAGUCCAAGGUGGUGGAAGACUUCAGACGGAGGCUCAAGUACUUCUUCAUGAACCCCUGUGAGAAAUACACAGCCAGAGGCCGCAAGCCAUGGAAACUCAUGUUACAAGUAUUCAAAAUUGCAAUCAUCACAGCCCAGUUGGUCUCUUUCGGCCUGAGUAACGAAAUGAUGGUCACCUUCAAAGAUGAAAAUCUGAUGACAUUCAAACAUCUGUUUCUAAAAGGAUACAAAGAUCAACGGUUGGGGAGCUAUGCACUGUACACAAAAGAAGAUGUGUAUGAUCACAUCUACUACGUUAUUAACGGGUAUAUCAAUCUCCAAAACCUGACUGUUGGUAAUCUGGCAUACGAGAGUGUUGAUGGCCAGUACACUCCUCUGUCUGUCUGCCAAGAAUUUUACAGACACAGCAGCAUCGAUCCAGAAACUGAGACCUUUGACAUUGAUCCACAUAUUGAUAAAGAUUGUAUUUCCAUAUAUCCUGUGCAGGCGUUUGAUGGCAGUGGUUUGGGUGCACAUUUAAACUUCUCUAUAGAUUUUAAAAGGCUGCUAUCUGUGAACAUCUACCUUACUCUGAAAACAAUCAACCUGCAGACUGUGCGGCACCACGAGCUACCGGACUGCUAUGACUUCAAUAUAAUAAUCAAGUUUGACAACCGUGCACACAGUGGGAAGAUAAAGGUUGAUGUUGAAAACGAUGUAAGAAUUUAUGAAUGCAGAGACUGGAAUGUGGAAGGCACUUCUGGUAAGAAUGAUUACCUCCUCCUGUCGUUUGAUUCUGUGGUCAUCCUCGCCUGCUUCCUCUCUCUCACCCUCUGCACGCGCUCUGUCAUCAAUGGUCUCCAACUCCAGUUUGAGUUCAACACAUUCUUCCAAGCAUACUACAAUAAAAGUGUCUCUUGGUCAGACCGCAUGGAGUUUGUGAAUGGCUGGUACAUCCUCAUCAUUGUCAGUGACAUACUAACUAUCGCUGGGUCAGGGCUCAAAAUUGGAAUACAAACAAAGUACCUGACAAACUAUGACGUGUGCAGUAUCUUGUUGGGAACAGCCACACUGCUCGUCUGGGUCGGCGUGAUUCGUUACCUUGGGUUCUUCAAGAAAUACAAUGUAUUAAUCUUGACCCUAAGGGGAGCGUUCCCAAAUGUGAUCCGAUUCUGCUGUUGUGCGGCCAUGAUCUACCUCGGGUACUGUUUCUGUGGCUGGAUCGUCCUUGGGCCUUACCAUGAAAAAUUUCGAACACUGACCAAGGUGACAGAGUGCCUCUUCUCUCUCAUCAACGGGGACGAUAUGUACGCCACAUUCCUACAUUUGAGGAACGAGGCCGGCUACAUGGUGUGGCUUUUCAGCAGAAUUUACCUCUACUCCUUCAUCUCCCUCUUUGUCUACAUGGUGCUCAGCCUGUUCAUCGCUCUCAUCACUGACACCUACGAGACAAUCAAGCAUACCCAGCAAGAAAAGGUGCCAGUGUCCCAGCUUCAGGUCUUCAUAGCAGAGUGCAGGGACCAGCCUGAUUCUGGAAGAUAUCAGACUGAGGAGGAGUCAGCUGCCUGCUGCCUCUCCCCAUGCUACUGCUUUGGCUGAAGUGCGAAGAUUGUGGCUUUUACCUUUUUUCCAAGACUUGACUAAAAUAAUAAGUAUAGGGAACAAGUCUAGAGUCCGUCUGCAUGGAGAAUUUGAUUAUAGCCUAUAUGAUGCAUGAGGAGAAUGCGAGAAUUUCUUCUGACCAAAGUAGAAUGUCUUUGACCUGCUUUACUUGAAUUGCUAAUCAUUAAAAAGGAAAGUGCUUACAUGACCAGUAAUGUCACCAAACUGUAAUUUCAUUAUGAGUGUGCACCCACAACUACUACAACUUGGUACCUUUUUUUGGAUUGCUACUGUGUAUUUGUUGUGGAUUAUAAAAUA